AUGGAAACACCAGAUAUGACGAAUUAUAAUAAAUCAUCAAAAGAAAAAGAAUCAUCAUCAUCAGGAAAGACAAAUAAAGAUUCUGAAUCUGAUCUAAUGGAAACACCAGAUAUGACGAAUUAUAAUAAAUCAUCAAAAGAAAAAGAAUCAUCAUCAUCAGGAAAGACAAAUAAAGAUUCUGAAUCUGAUCUAGUAAAAUCAACAAUUUCAGAAGAAACCUACGUACAACAACAGCAACAAGAAAAAAAUGCAAGAUCGGUAGAACAAACUGUAGCGGAACAGAUUCUUAAUGAAGGGAAUAAGGAGGAAAUGGUGGUGGACGAGGGCAGAAUAAAUGAUAGUAAUUAUGAUAAUGUUAACGGUAAUGGUGGUAGCGUUACCGAAUAUUUUGAAGAUAAAAUCUCAUUACCUUUUAACACUCCAAGGAAUGAAGAUGAUUAUGAAAAUAUUUUCAAUCAGAUUAAACGGAGAAUUGAAUCAUUGUUUAAACAAUUGUUUCAUGACAAUUUCGAAGAGAGAAUUGAAAACAUAAGACUAGAUUUGCACAAAGAUUUUGAAUUGUUUAAACUGACGAUUAAAGAAUUGUUCAAAGAUUCUAAAAAAGGUUUGAUGACUAAUGAUAAUAAAUCUAAAAAUAUUAUUAUAAAUGAUGAAAUUAAUCAUAAAUCAUCUCCAUCACUUCAAUUCAAUGGUGUUAAUAAAGAAAAAGAAUCAGCGGUAACGAUGGAAAAAAGAGGAAAAGAAAUAGUAGUAAAUGAAAUUGAUUAUUGUAAAUUGAUUGAAGAAGAAAUUAUUAAUCAAUUAGAAAAUAAAUUGGUUAAAUAUUUUGAAAUUUAUGGAAAUGAAAUUGGACAAAUUAAAGAUGAAAAGUUAUCAGAAGAAAAAGAAUCAACCGACUAUAACAACAACAACAAUAAUAAUGAAAAGUUAUCAGAAGAAAAAGAAUCAACCGACUAUAACAACAACAACAAUAAUAGUAGAUUAAUUAGAAAACACGAGAAAAAAAUUAGCGAAAAAACUGUGGAAAAUAUUUUAAAUAAAAUCACAAAAUUAGAUUAUGAUUUCGAAUAUCUUGCACCAGCACAACAACAAUUGGCACAAGAAUUGAUCAAAGAAAAACAAACCGAAGAUGUUCGAGAUAGGUCUUCAAUUUAUUCAAUGACACCAGCACAACAACAAUUGGCACAAGAAUUGAUCAAAGAAAAACAAACCGAAGAUGUUCGAGAAUUGAUUCAAAUUUUAAAAGAAUUGACAACCAAUUUCAAUGAGAAAUCAACAAAAAUAAUAACCGAAAAUGUAUUUGUCAAGCAUUUAAAAGAUGAAAUUUCAACAUUAAAAGAGAAAUGCCACAAGAAAGAGGUCGCUGUCGAGGAAUUGAAAACUCUAAAAAUUGAAAACGAGGGAGAAAUUCGUGAAUUGAUCGAGGAAAAAUGCAAUUACGAGAAGAGAUUUUAUUUGAGUGAAGAUGAACGUAACCGAUUGAUGAGAAUGGUAAAAGAAUUUGAAAGUAAAUUAAGAGAGGUCGAGAAUAAUAAUCAUAUUCAAUAUUACAAAUAUGUGGACGAAAUAAAGAAAUUAAAAGAGUCUUUGAGAGAAUUGGAUCGAUGCAAAGACCUGGCUUCGAGACGGGCUAAUAUUUUAUUAGUGAUUAUGAUGAUUUUUAUUGUAGUGGGGGCUUAUUUUGCUAGGUAA